AUGGAUAUAACUAUGGGCUGCUGUACGGGGACAGGACCCCCUCCCUCCUGCCUUGUACUCCUGCUUCUCAAGCUUUUGGCCAGUGUUUCCCAAGGUCUCCCAGGGACAGGACCUCUGGGUUUCCACUUUACACAUUCCAUUUAUAAUGCUACAGUAUAUGAGAACUCUGCAGCAAGGACCUAUGUCAACAGCCAGAGCAGAAUGGGUAUCAUCUUGUCAGAUCUUUCCUGGGACAUCAAAUACAGAAUAGUGUCUGGGGAUGAAGAAGGCUUCUUUAAAGCAGAGGAAGUCAUCAUUGCAGACUUUUGUUUCCUCAGAAUAAGAACUAAAGGUGGCAAUUCAGCCAUUUUGAAUAGAGAAAUACAGGACAAUUAUUUAUUGAUUGUAAAAGGUUCUGUCAGAGGAGAGGAUCUAGAAGCAUGGACCAAAGUGAAUAUACAGGUUUUGGAUAUGAAUGAUCUGAGACCUUUGUUUUCACCAACAACAUACUCUGUUACAAUAGCAGAAAGCACACCUUUAAGGACUAGCAUUGCCCAAGUAACAGCUACCGAUGCUGACAUUGGUUCUAAUGGUGAAUUCUACUAUUACUUUAAAAACAAAGUUGACCUCUUCUCUGUUCACCCUACAAGUGGUGUGAUCUCUCUAAGUGGGAGGUUAAAUUAUGAUGAGAAGAACAGGUAUGACCUUGAAGUUUUGGCAGUGGACCGGGGGAUGAAACUUUAUGGUAACAAUGGUGUCAGCAGCACAGCAAAGCUUUAUGUUCAUAUUGAACGGAUCAAUGAACAUGCUCCAACUAUCAGUGUGGUCACACACAUCCCCUUCCCGUUGGACAAGGAGCCCACAUACGCGGUGGUUAAUGUGGAUGACCUAGAUGAGGGUGCAAAUGGUGAGAUUGAAUCAAUUUCCAUUGUAGCCGGAGAUCCUUUGGAACAGUUUCUUCUAGUAAAGGAAGGGAAAUGGAUCAAUGAGUACAAAAUUAAGGAGAGAAAGUCAAUUGACUGGGAGAGCUUUCCCUAUGGCUACAAUCUCACACUUCAAGCAAAGGACAAGGGUUCUCCACAGAAGUUCUCUGCGGUGAAAGUAGUCCACAUUGCCAACCCCCAGAAAGAUAACAUCCCCGUCAGAUUUGAGAAGGAAACCUAUAAUGUCACCAUUAGUGAAUUUUCACCUCCUGGAGUUGUGGUCGCCAUUGUUAAACUAAGCCCAGAGCCCCCAGGGGUGGAAUAUAGAAUAUCUCCUGGAGAGGAUGCAGAGUAUUUUAAGAUUAAUCCAAGGUCUGGUCUAAUAGUCACAGCCCAGCCCCUGGAUGUCAUCAGAAAAGAAGUUUAUGAGCUGGGAGUAUCCAACAAAGAAGGUGACUUGAAAGCACAAGUCACCAUCAGCUUAGAAGACGCCAACGAUCAUACUCCUGAAUUCCAGCAGCCAUCCUACGAAGCUUUUGUGAAUGAGAGCGUGCCGGUGGGGACAAGCGUAUUGUCCGUUUCAGCUUCUGAUAAGGACAAGGGAGAGAAUGGGUAUAUCACGUACAGUAUCGCCAGCCUUAGUGCCCUACCAUUUUCCAUUAAUCAGUUUACAGGCGUUAUUCGUACAACCGAGGAACUGGAUUUUGAAUCCUCCCCAGAAAAUUACAGGUUCAUUGUGAGGGCCUCUGACUGGGGGUCACCUUAUCGUCAUGAAAGUGAGGUCAAUGUGACCAUUCGCAUCGGAAAUGUCAACGACAACAGACCCUUGUUUGAAAAAGUGGCCUGCCAGGGAGUCAUCUCGUACGACUUCCCUGUCGGGGGACACAUCACUGCUGUCUCAGCAAUCGAUAUCGAUGAACUGGAAUUAGUAAAGUACAAAAUCAUCUCUGGAAAUGAACUUGGUUUUUUUUAUUUGAAUCCUGACUCAGGUGUCUUACAACUUAAACAGUCCUUGAUUAAUUCUGGUGUAAAGAAUGGUAACUUUGGCCUCAGGAUCACAGCCACUGAUGGAGAGAAUUUUGCAGAUGCCAUGUUUGUUAACAUUUCAGUCUUACAGGGAAAGGUAUCUUCUAAGAGCUUCAGUUGUAGAGAAACUAGAGUGGCGCAAAAGUUAGCCGAGAAACUCCUCAUCAAAGCAAAGGCCAAUGGGAGGCUGAAUUCAGAAGAUGGUUUUUUUGACUUUUAUUCUGUUAACAGGCAGGGACCCCAUUUUGACAAAUCCUUUCCUUCUGAUAUUGCUGUCAAGGAGGACAUGCCGGUUGGUGCUAACAUUUUGAAAAUAAAAGCCUUUGACGCUGACUCUGGUUUCAAUGGAAAAGUGGUUUUCACAAUCUCUGAUGGGAAUACGGAUAGCUGUUUCAACAUUGACAUGGAGACAGGUCAGCUUAAAGUCCUGAUGCCGAUGGACCGGGAACAGACGGAUCUCUACCUCCUUAACAUUACCAUUUAUGACUUAGGGAGGCCCCAGAAAUCCUCAUGGAGGUUACUGACCAUCAAUGUGGAGGAUGCCAAUGAUAACAGGCCCAUUUUCUUGCAGGAGAGUUAUUCUGUUAAUAUUCUAGAAAGCUCAAGUAUUGGUACUGAGAUCAUUCAAGUGGAAGCCCGGGAUAAAGACUUGGGAUCUAAUGGCGAAGUGACUUAUUCAGUAUUAACAGAUGCGCAGCAAUUUUCCAUCAAUAGUUCAACUGGGAUAGUUUAUGUAGCCGACCAACUGGACCGGGAAUCCAAAGCAAACUACUCUUUAAAAAUAGAGGCUAGAGACCGAUCGGAGAGCGGCCAGCAGCAGUUUUCUGUGGUUACUCUUAAGGUUUUCUUGGAUGACGUCAAUGACUGCUCUCCUACUUUUAUACCAACUAGCUACAGUGUGAAAGUCCUCGAAGAUCUUCCGGUGGGCACGGUCAUCGCAUGGCUGGAGACCCACGAUCCGGACCUCGGUCUGGGAGGUCAGGUGCGUUACACCUUGGUGAACGACUAUAACGGGAGAUUUGAGAUCGAUAAAGCCAGCGGAGCCAUACGUUUGAGUAAAGAGCUGGAUUAUGAGAAGCAACAGUUCUACAACCUCACUGUCCGUGCGAAAGACAAAGGACGGCCCGUAUCUUUGUCCUCCGUUUCCUUUGUGGAGGUGGAAGUGGUGGACGUCAAUGAAAACCUCCACACUCCCUAUUUCCCAGACUUUGCUGUGGUUGGAUCUGUAAAGGAAAACUCCCGUAUUGGAACGAGUGUGUUGCAGGUGACUGCGCGAGACGAGGAUUCUGGGAGGGACGGGGAGAUCCAGUACUCUAUCAGGGAUGGCAGCGGUCUCGGAAGGUUUAACAUAGAUGACGAAAGUGGAGUCAUCUACACUGCGGACAUUCUUGAUCGAGAAACAACAGGGUCAUAUUGGCUGACUGUAUAUGCAACCGAUCGCGGUGUUGUCCCCCUUUAUUCUACUAUUGAAGUCUACAUUGAGAUUGAAGAUGUAAAUGACAAUGCUCCUUUAACUUCUGAGCCCAUUUACUAUCCUGUGGUCAUGGAAAACUCUCCUAAGGAUGUAUCGGUUAUUCAGAUCCAGGCUGAGGAUCCAGAUUCCAGUUCGAAUGAAAAACUAACUUAUAGGAUUACAAGUGGGAAUCCUCAGAACUUCUUUGUAAUAAACAUCAAAACAGGUUUGAUUACAACUACUUCAAGGAAAUUGGAUCGAGAACAGCAGGCAGAGCAUUUUCUGGAGGUGACCGUGACUGAUGGUGGUUCUUCUCCAAAGCAAUCAACAGUUUGGGUCGUGGUUCAGGUUCUGGAUGAAAAUGACAAUAAACCUCAGUUCCCAGAGAAAGUCUAUCAGAUCAAGCUGCCAGAGCGGGAUCGAAAAAAAAGAGGAGAACCAAUUUACAGGGCUUUUGCAUUUGAUAAAGAUGAAGGUCCCAAUGCGGAAAUAUCUUACAGCAUCGUAGAUGGAAAUGAUGAUGGGAAAUUCUUUAUUGACCCCAAAACUGGCAUGGUCUCUUCCAGGAAGCAAUUUACGGCAGGGAGUUACGACAUCCUCACAAUCAAAGCAGUGGAUAACGGACGUCCCCAGAAGUCCUCCACCGCCCGCCUCCAUAUCGAAUGGAUUAAGAAACCGCCUCCUUCCCCUGUGCCUCUGACUUUUGAUGAGCCCUUCUAUAACUUUACUGUCAUGGAAAGUGAUAGAGUGACAGAAAUUGUGGGUGUGGUGUCUGUGCAACCAGCCAAUAUACCUCUGUGGUUUGAUGUAGUUGGUGGCAAGCAUGCUCGAGAGAUGUUCUAUAUUCUACAGACAGCUUGUGGGCAGAACUGUUCAACAGAAGGAGGAAAUUUUGACAGCUCUUUCGACACAGAGAAAGGUGUUGGAACAAUUGUCAUUGCAAAACCUCUGGAUGCAGAGCAGAGGUCCAUCUAUAAUAUGAGUGUGGAAGUCACCGAUGGAACAAAUGUGGCUGUCACUCAGGUAUUUAUCAAAGUGCUGGAUAAUAAUGAUAAUGGCCCUGAAUUUUCCCAAUCAAGUUAUGAUGUCACGAUUUCUGAGGAUGUACUUCCUGACACCGAGAUAUUACAGGUUGAAGCAACAGACAGAGAUGAAAAACAUAAACUAAGUUAUACCAUCCACAGCAGUAUUGACUCAGUAAGCAUGAGGAAAUUCCGGAUUGACGCCAGUACUGGGGUUCUUUACAUUGCUGAGAGGCUAGACCAUGAAGCCCAGGACAAGCACAUUCUUAAUAUAAUGGUCAGAGAUCAAGAAUUUCCUUAUCGGAGGAAUUUGGCCAGAGUCAUUGUGAAUGUAGAAGAUGCCAAUGAUCACAGUCCCUAUUUCACCAGCCCACUGUACGAAGCGUCUGUAUUUGAAUCUGCAGCAUUGGGAUCAGCCGUUCUGCAGGUGACUGCUCUGGAUAAAGACCGAGGGGAAAACGCAGAACUUCUCUAUACCAUAGAAGCAGGAAACACUGGAAACACAUUUAAGAUUGAACCCAUCUUGGGUAUCAUCACUGUAUCAAAAGAACCAGAUAUGACAACAAUGGGACAGUUUGUUUUGUCCAUAAAAGUCACCGAUCAGGGUACCCCACCUAUGUCUGCUACUGCCAUUGUUCGCAUCUCUGUCACUAUGUCAGAUAAUUCUCACCCCAAGUUCACUCAGAAAGAAUACCAAGCAGAAGUGAAUGAAAACGUCGACAUUGGGACAUCGGUUAUUUUAAUCUCCGCCAUCAGUCAAUCUACACUCAUUUAUGAACUCAAAGAUGGAAAUGUUGAAGGCGUCUUUACCAUAAAUCCAUAUUCUGGUGUGAUAACCAACCAAAAGGCCCUUGAUUAUGAACGCAUUUCCUCUUAUCAGCUCAUCGUCCAAGCCACCAACAUGGCAGGGAUGGCGUCCAAUGCCACAGUUAAUAUUCAGAUUGUUGAUGAAAAUGACAACCCCCCCAUUUUCCUUUUUUCUCACUACUCAGGCAGCCUCAGUGAGGUUGCCCCAGUCAACAGCAUCGUCCGUAGCUCAGGUAACAAUCCAUUGGUGAUUCGAGCCACAGAUGCUGAUAGUAAUCAGAACGCUUUGCUAGUUUAUCAAAUUGUUGAGUCCACCGCCAAGAAGUAUUUCACUGUGGACUCCAGCACGGGCGCCAUCAGAACAAUCGCCAGCUUGGAUCACGAAACCAUUGCCCAUUUCCAUUUUCACGUGCAUGUGAGAGACAGUGGUAAUCCCCAGUUGACUGCGGAAAGCCCAGCCGAGGUCAAUAUUGAGGUGACAGAUGUGAAUGAUAACCCUCCAGUGUUCACUCAGGCAGUGUUUGAGACAGUCUUACUUCUACCCACUUAUGUUGGGGUGGAGAUUCUGAAAGUCCAAGCAACAGAUCCUGACUCAGAAGUACCAGCUGAACUAACAUACAGUCUGAUGGAAGGCAACUUGGACUACUUUUUAAUUGAUUCCAGUAGUGGGGUGAUCUCCAUAAAAAACAGCAGUCUUUCCAAAGAUCACUAUAUGCUCAUAGUCAGAGUGUCGGAUGGUAAGUUUUAUGGUACUGCGAUGGUGACUAUCAUGGUAAAAGAAGCCAUGGACAGUGGUCUCCAUUUCACACAGAAUUUUUACUUUGCUUCAAUCUCAGAGAACAGCACCAACAUCACCAAAGUAGCCAUUGUCAAUGCAAUUGGAAAUCGCCUUAAUGAACCUUUAAUAUAUAGCAUAUUGAAUCCAGGAAACAAAUUCAAAAUAAAAUCUACCUCCGGGGUCAUCCAGACAACUGGUGUCCCCUUUGACCGUGAAGAACAAGAGCUGUACGACUUGGUGGUGGAAGCCAGUCGUGAGUUAGACCAUCUGCGUGUGGCCAGGGUUGUGGUGCGAGUCAUCAUUGAAGAUAUCAAUGAUAACUCUCCCGUUUUUGUGGGGCUGCCUUACUAUGCUGCUGUGCAGGUGGAUGCUGAACCUGGGACUCUUAUCUACCGGGUAUCUGCUCUUGACAGAGACAAAGGUGCCAAUGGGGAAGUGACCUACACUCUCCAAGAGGAUUAUGGCCACUUUGAAAUCAACCCAGAAUCAGGGAGCGUUUUUUUAAAAGAAGCCUUCAAUUCUGAUUUAUCUAACAUCGAGUACGGAGUUAUCAUCCUAGCCAAAGACGGCGGGAAGCCCGCAUUGUCUGCAUCCGUGGAGCUUCCCAUCACUAUCGUCAAUAAAGCAAUGCCCGUCUUUGAUAAGCCCUUUUAUACAACUUCUGUCAAUGAGGAUAUCGAAAUGCACACUCCCAUCCUCAGCAUCAACGCAACCAGCCCAGAGGGACAAGGAAUCAUUUACAUCAUUGUUGACGGGGAUCCCUAUAACCAGUUCAACAUUGACUUUGACACUGGAGUUCUCAAUGUCAUUAGCCCUCUGGACUAUGAAGAAACACCUGUUUUUAAAUUGACAGUGAGAGCCAGUGAUGCUCUCACAGGUGCAAGGGCUGAGGUCACUGUCGACUUGUUAAUUAAUGAUGUAAAUGAUAAUCCCCCCAUUUUCGACCAACCCACCUACAACGCAACCUUAUCUGAAGCCUCUCUCAUUGGGACACCUGUUUUGCAAGUGGUCGCCUCUGAUGCAGAUUCGGAAAACAAUAAAGUUGUACAAUAUCAGAUUGUUCAGGACACCUAUAACAGUACUGAUUAUUUUCACAUAGAUAGCACAAGUGGCUUAAUCUUGACAGCCCGCAUGUUAGAUCAUGAAUCAGUGCAACAAUCCACUUUAAAAGUCAGAGCAACAGAUAAUGGGUUCCCACCAAUGAGCAGCGAAGUACUUGUUAACAUUUAUGUGACUGACAUGAAUGACAAUCCUCCAAUUUUUAACCAGCUGAUUUAUGAAUCCUAUGUGAGUGAAUUAGCCCCACGGGGCCAUUUUGUGACCUGUGUCCAAGCUUCUGACGCUGAUAGCUCUGAUUUUGACCGAUUAGAAUAUAGCAUUUUAUCUGGGAAUGACCGAACUAGCUUUCUGAUGGAUAGCAAGAGUGGUAUCAUCACGCUGUCCAACCAUCGCAAGCAGAGAAUGGAACCUCUGUACAGUCUGAAUGUGUCUGUCUCCGACGGACUGUUCACCAGCACAGCACAGGUGCACAUUAGGAUACUUGGUGCUAACUUAUACAGUCCAGCCUUCUCACAAAGCACCUACGUCGCCGAAGUGAGAGAGAACGCUGCUCCGGGGACAAAGGUAAUUCAUGUCAGAGCAACAGAUGGGGAUCCGGGAGCGUACGGACAAAUCAGCUAUGCCAUCAUCAAUGACUUUGCUAAGGACCGGUUCUUGAUAGACAGCAAUGGGCAAGUCAUAACAACAGAAAGGCUGGAUCGGGAAAGCCCCAUGGAAGGGGACAUCAGUAUUUUUUUGAGGGCUCUGGAUGGUGGAGGGAGAACAACUUUCUGCACCGUGAGGGUGAUUGUUGUGGAUGAAAAUGAUAAUGCUCCCCAAUUUUUGACCAUAGAAUAUAGAGCCAGUGUCAGAGCUGAUGUUGGGAGAGGUCACUUGGUAACUCAGGUCCAAGCCAUUGAUCCAGAUGAUGGAGUGAAUUCAAGGAUUACUUAUUCACUGUAUAGUGAAGCCUCUGUCUCCGUAGCAGAUCUUCUUGAAAUUGACCCUGACAAUGGCUGGAUGGUCACAAAGAGCAAUUUUCACCAGUUGAAAAACACCGUCUUGUCAUUUUUUGUCAAAGCAGUUGAUGGAGGUAUUCCAGUGAAGCACUCCCUCAUCCCUGUCUACAUUCAUGUCUUGCCUCCCGAAAUACUCUUACCCUCCUUUACGCAGCCCCAGUAUUCCUUCUCCAUUCCAGAAGAUACUGUCAUUGGAAGCACAGUGGAUUCCCUCAGGAUUUUGCCAAGUCAGAAUGUUGUUUUUAGCACAGUUAACGGUGAACGGCCUGAAAAUAACAAAGGUGGGGUCUUCAUCAUAGAGCAGGAUACCGGUAUCAUCAAACUGGACAAGCGACUUGACCGUGAAAUGACUCCCACCUUUUACUUUAAGGUGGCAGCUACUAUCCCCUUGGACAAGGUGGAUAUUGUGUUUACGGUAGAUAUAGAGAUCAAGGUACUAGAUCUGAAUGAUAAUAAACCAUUCUUUGAUGCUUCAAGCUAUGAAGCCAUUAUAAUGGAGGGAAUGCCCAUAGGCACCAGGCUCAUCCAAGUGAAGGCUAUUGAUAGAGAUUGGGGUGCCAAUGGGCAGGUCACUUACGCUCUCCACUCUGAUUCCAGUCCAGAGAAGAUAAUGGAAGUGUUCAGCAUUGACAGUAACACAGGCUGGAUCAGCACCUUGAAAGACCUGGACCAUGAGAGAGAUCCCACAUUCACUUUCUCAGUGGUAGCCUCGGAUCUUGGCGAAGCCUUUUCUCUGUCUUCCACCAUCUUGGUCUCGGUCACUGUGACGGAUAUAAAUGACAAUGCACCUGUCUUUGGGCACGAGGUGUACCGAGAGCAGGUGAAGGAGAGUGAUCCCCCAGGUGAAGUUGUAGCGGUCCUCAGCACAUGGGAUGAAGAUACAUCUGACAUUAAUCAGCAAGUGAGCUAUCAUAUUACAGGAGGGAAUCCCAGAGGAAGAUUCGCCUUGGGCCUGGUGCAAAACGAAUGGAAGGUUUAUGUAAAGCGACCUCUUGAUCGAGAAGAACAAGAUAUUUACUUCCUGAACAUCACUGCCACAGAUGGACUUUUUGUCACUCAGGCUAUGGUAGAAGUCACUGUCACUGAUGUGAAUGACAACAGUCCAGUGUGUGACCAGGUUGCAUACACAGCUUUGUUUCCAGAAGACAUUCCAUCAAAUAAAAUUAUCCUUAAGAUCAGUGCCAAGGAUGCUGACAUUGGGCCCAAUGGAGAUAUCAGAUACUCACUCUAUGGCUCAGGAAACAACAAAUUUUUCUUAGAUCCAGAAAGUGGUGAGUUAAAAACCCUGGCCCUUUUAGAUCGAGAGAAAAUACCUGUGUACAACCUGGUUGCCAGGGCAACAGAUGGGGGUGGCAGGUUCUGCCAGUCAGAUAUCCGCCUGAUUCUGGAAGAUGUUAAUGAUAAUCCCCCCAUAUUUUCAUCUGACCAUUACAACGCAUGUAUCUAUGAAAAUACAGCCACCAAAGCCUUGUUAACAAGAGUGCAAGCUACAGAUCCUGACUUAGGCAUCAACAGAAAAGUUGUUUAUUCCCUGGCAGACUCGGCAGGAGGAUACUUUUCAGUAGACAGCUCAUCAGGCAUUAUCAUCUUGGAACAGCCACUCGAUCGAGAGCUGCAGUCAUCCUACAACAUCAGUGUGAAGGCAUCAGACCAGAGUAUCCUAAAGGCACUGUCUUCCCUAGCCACAGUCACCAUUACUGUUUUGGACAUUAAUGACAACCCCCCUGUGUUUGAAAGAAGGGAUUAUCUUGUUACAGUACCAGAAGAUACAUCCCCUGGCACAGAAGUCCUUGCAGUUUUUGCCACAAGCAAAGACAUUGGCACAAAUGCUGAAAUAACAUAUCUCAUUCGUUCUGGGAAUGAACGAGGGAAAUUCAUGAUUAACCCAAAGACAGGAGGGAUUUCUGUCAUUGAGGCCCUGGACUAUGAAAUGUGCAAAGAUUUUUACCUCGUGGUGGAAGCCAAAGAUGGGGGCACCCCAGCCCUUAGUGCUGUGGCCACUGUGAACAUCAACCUUACUGAUGUGAAUGACAAUGCACCAAAAUUUAACCAGGAGGUCUACAGUGCAGUCAUCAGUGAAGAUGCUUCCAUUGGGGACUCAGUUAUUGUGUUAAUAGCAGAAGAUGUAGACAGCCCACCCAAUGGGCAGAUUCGCUUUUCCAUUGUCAGUGGGGACCGGGACAAUGAGUUUGCUGUGGAUUCUGUCUUGGGACUCAUUAAAGUCAAAAAGAAAUUGGACCGAGAACGGGUGUCUGGAUACUCAUUACUCAUUCAAGCUACGGACAGUGGCAUUCCUGCCAUGUCUUCCACUGUGACAGUCAACAUAGACAUUUCUGAUGUAAAUGACAAUGGCCCUGUUUUCACACCAGCUAACUAUACUGCUGUAAUCCAGGAAAACAAACCAGUGGGAACAAGCAUUUUGCAGCUGAUGGUGACAGAUCGUGAUUCCUUUCACAAUGGGCCCCCCUUUACCUUUACCAUCUUAGCAGGGAAUGAGGAAGAGGAGUUUGUGUUGGACCCUCAUGGGAUCUUAAGAUCAGCAGUAAUCUUUAGGCAUACAGACUCUCCCGAAUAUGUGCUUUACAUCCAGGCAAAAGACUCAGGCAAACCCCAGCAAGUUUCCCACUCUUAUGUUCACGUCCGGGUGAUUGAAGAAAGCAUCCACAAGCCCACUGCCAUUCCCUUAGAGAUCUUUAUUGUUACAAUGGAGGAUGACUUCCCCGGGGGUGUCAUUGGAAAGAUCCACGCCACCGACCAGGAUGUAUAUGACGUACUCACAUAUGCCUUAAAAUCUGAGCAGAGAAGCUUGUUCAAGGUGAACACCCAUGACGGGAAGAUCAUUGCCUUGGGGGGCUUGGACAGUGGCAAGUACAUUUUGAAUGUUUCUGUGAGUGAUGGCCGCUUCCAGGUGCCCAUUGACGUCAUUGUCCACGUGGAGCAGCUGGUCCAGGAGAUGCUGCAGAACACGGUCACCAUCCGGUUCGAGAAUGUGUCCCCCGAGGACUUUGUGGGGCUGCACAUGCAUGGGUUCCGAAGGACGCUCCGGAAUGCCGUCCUUUCCCAGAAGCAGGACAGCCUCCACAUCAUCAGCAUCCAGCCCAUGGCCGGCACCAACCAACUGGACAUGCUGUUUGCUGUGCAGAUGCACAGUGGCAGCUUCUACAAGCCCGCGUACCUCAUCCAGAAGCUGUCCAACGCAAGGAGACAUCUGGAGAAUGUGAUUCGCAUCUCAGCCAUCUUAGAGAAGAACUGCUCCGGACUGGACUGCCAAGAACAACACUGUGAACAAAGCUUGUCCAUAGAUUCACACUCUCUAAUGACCUACAGCACGGCUCGCAUUAGUUUUGUUUGCCCUCGUUUCUACAGAAAUGUGCGCUGUACGUGUAAUGGAGGACUCUGUCCAGGAUCAAAUGAUCCUUGCAUGGAGAAGCCUUGUCCUGGAGAUAUGCAAUGUGUUGGAUAUGAAGCCAGCAGAAGGCCAUUCAUCUGUCAGUGUCCACCAGGAAAACUUGGAGAGUGCUCAGGGCACACUUCUCUCAGCUUUGCUGGAAACAGUUACAUCAAAUACCGGCUUUCUGAAAAUAGCAAGAAAGAGGAAUUUAAGUUGGCUCUGCGUCUGCGAACACUGCAAAGCAAUGGGAUUAUAAUGUACACCAGAGCAAAUCCCUGCAUAAUUCUGAAGAUUGUAGACAGCAAACUCUGGUUCCAGUUGGACUGCGGCACAGGACCGGGCAUCUUGGGCAUCUCCGGCCGGGCCGUGAAUGACGGGAACUGGCACUCGGUCUUCUUGGAGCUCAAUCAGAAUUUCACGAGCUUGUCGCUGGAUGAUAGCUACGUGGAGCGGCGCAAGGCCCCCCUCUACUUCCAGACUCCGGGCACGGAGAGUGCCAUCUACUUUGGCGCCCUGGUGCAGGUGGACAACAUCCGAAGUCUGACGGAUAAGAGGGUCACGCAGGUCCUGAGUGGCUUCCAGGGCUGCCUGGAUUCCGUGGUCCUGAAUAACAACGAGCUGCCCCUUCAGAACAAACGCAGCAGCUUUGCUGAGGUGGUGGGGCUCACCGAGCUCAAGCUCGGAUGUGUCCUGUACCCGGAUGCCUGUGAGCGGAAUCCCUGCCAGAACGGAGGGAGCUGCGCUAGCCUGCCAUCUGGCGGCUAUCAAUGUACCUGUCUCUCACAAUUCACUGGAAGGAACUGUGAGUCAGAGAUUACAGCCUGCUUCCCAAAUCCUUGUCGGAAUGGGGGGUCUUGCGACCCAAUAGGAAACACCUUCAUCUGCAACUGUAAAGUUGGGCUUACUGGUGUCACGUGUGAGGAAGACAUCAAUGAAUGCGACAGAGAAGAAUGUGAAAAUGGGGGUUCCUGUGUCAAUGUAUUUGGCUCUUUCCUCUGUAACUGCACCCCAGGUUAUGUGGGCCAGUACUGUGGGCUCCGACCAGUGGUGGUUCCCAACAUCCAAGCUGGCCACUCCUAUGUUGGAAAGGAAGAACUCAUUGGAAUUGCCGUGGUUCUGUUUGUCAUCUUUGUUUUAAUUGUCUUGUUUAUCAUUUUCCGCAAGAAAGUCUUCCGCAAGAACUAUUCCAGGAACAAUAUCACUCUGGUCCAGGACCCAGCCACUGCGGCACUACUGAAUAAAAGCAAUGGGAUUCAGUUCAAGAACUUAAGGGGGGGUGGGGACAGCCGGAACAUCUACCAGGAGGUUGGCCCCCCGCAAGUCCCCGUGCGCCCAAUGGCCUACACCCCUUGUUUCCAGAGCGAUUCUAGGAACAACCUGGACAAGAUCGUCGAUGGGCUUGGUGUGGAGCACCAGGAGAUGACCACAUUUCAUCCUGAGUCACCCCGAAUAUUAACUGCCAGGCGGGGAGUGGUGGUGUGCAGCGUGGCUCCCAAUCUCCCAGCUGUCUCCCCUUGUCGUUCUGAUUGUGAUUCCAUCAGGAAAAGUGUCUGGGAUGCAGGAACAGAGAACAAAGGUGUGGAUGAUGCUGAAGAAGUGACCUGUUUUGUGGGAAGUAAUAAAGGCAGCAACUCGGAGGUUCAGUCCCUCAGCUCUUUCCAGUCUGAUUCUGGAGAUGAUAAUGCUUCCAUAGUGACUGUCAUUCAGCUUGUCAACAAUGUAGUUGACACUAUAGAAAAUGAAGUGUCAGUUAUGGACCAAGGACAGAACUACAACCGAGCCUACCACUGGGACACUUCAGACUGGAUGCCAGGAGCCCGCCUGUCCGACAUCGAGGAAGUGCCCAACUACGAGAAUACAGACGGUACCUCGGUGCACCAGGGGAGCACAAGGGAGCUCGAAUCCGAUUACUACCUAGGGGGCUAUGACAUCGAUAGCGAAUACCCCCCGCCUCACGAGGAGGAGUUUUUGAGCCAAGACCAGUUGCCGCCUCCCCUGCCGGAGGACUACCCGGACCACUUUGAGGCGCUGCCCCCCUCCCAGCCGGCCUCCCUGGCCGGCACACUGAGCCCAGACUGCAGGCGAAGGCCCCAGUUCCACCCCAGCCAGUAUCUCCCUCCCCACCCAUUCCCCAAUGAGACAGACAUGGUGGGACCUCCGCCUGCACACGAAUUUAGUACUUUUGCUGUGGGUGUGGGGCAGAACCUGGAGAACCCAAGUGCGGCAGACAACAUGUCCUUAACCUUGCACAACUCCCUCGGCACCUCCUCCUCGGACGUGUCUGCCGGCUGCGGCUUCGAGGACUCCGAAGUGGCCAUGAGUGACUAUGAAAGCGUGGAGGAACUCAGUCUCACCAGCCUUCACAUUCCAUUUAUUGAGACCCAGCACCAGACCCAGGUGUGAAGGACACAGACAUCUGGGCUCCAUUCUUCAUGGAAACGUCGAAGGAAAUGGACCGAGAGGAGUCUAUUGGAUAGGGGGAAAUCCACAAUUUCCCACAAAUAACUUAGUCACAAAUGAUGUUGUCUCAUGCAAACACUUUAAAGUCCAGUUGUGUAAAUCAUGUCACAAAAUCUAUUACUGUGAGUCAACAGACAAUCCUUACAGUAUGUACCCAGCAUUCAUGGCCAAGAGUGCACACCAAGUUUUUAAGGGGUAAAGAAGCCCCUACAUAAGUUCACCCAGUAAGUUAUAUGCAGUCAAUCUUUUCAGCUUUGUGCAGUAUUGUGUUUUUGAAGGUGUUAACAGUAUCAAUCCCCGCAGUAUUAAUGAACAAAUAAAAAUCCAGGCACCAGGGUAUUGGUGCAUGAAACAAAAUUAAGCCGACAGAGAAAAGAAAGAAAAUAGUUAAUAGAACUGGGGAAGGGGAGAAGCUAAGGCCUCAAGGGGAAAGAAGAAAGAGUAAAAAUAAAAUCAGUCAAAAGUGGGCAAAAUAUUAAAAUAAAGUAUGAUUUUCUUUAUAAAGCUUUCUGAUUGUCAGCUAUAAAAUUAUAGUAAAAGACUUGCAUUUUUGUAGACUUCAGAUACUGGUUUAAUUAGAAAAACCUGGAUUAAAAAUGGAACCCAAAAUUUAAAUGAUGAUGGAGUUUGUGGAUCUCUGAAAAAGAUUUCAAUGAAAAGUAAUGCAUGACAGUUUAGGGGUUUUCUGAGUACUGAGGAGGAAAGGGUAGAAGUUAUCUCUCUUUGAUUUUAUUUUUGAACAUUCCCAGCCAUGAUUACAAUUUGAGAGUUAUUGUAAUCAUUGACCUUGUUCAUGGAAACUGGGAGAUAAAGCUGACCAAUUUGUGACCAUUAUCUAGGCUGAAAGAGGUCUACAAUUCAUAAAUUUCCCCAAAAAAUGUUUUUUUUUAUUAUCACAGGUAAAAGGCAAGUAAGUACUUGUUUUUUAACAUGACAGUAUCAUUUCAAUAAAUGGAUUUAAGUCAAAGAAGAGAGACUAGAUGAGUAGAUGUUUGUACACAAGAUUAUAAUAGUAUGUGUGUUUGGGCCAAUGUAGAUGUGUGUGUAUGUUUUCUCCCAAGAAGGCACCUCUGUGAGGAAAAUGAUUUUGAGACUCAUGAACUUCUAUGAACCAUGGCCAAAAGUGCAAGCCUUCUGACCUUUUGGAUCUCUUUAAUAUUAGAGACUGACCAAAUGCUAUUUUUUGUGUUAGUGCAGUUAACCUUAUUUGGAUAGUGCCAUAUCUAUUUAAUUAAAACAAAAUUCCAGAUUUUAAAAGUAGCAUUUUACUAGAAUGACUCAGAGUCUCAAAUGUCUUCAGAAAGUACUUCAUGUUUCAUUUUAGCCCAGGGUCAGUCUGACACAUGGGUUUUGGCCAUGAAAAUUUUCUAAAUGAAUUAGAGAGUCAUUCCACGAGAGAUGUUACAACCUGGUACAAUAAAAUAUAAAAUUGACAUUUUGAGUUGCUUUUCUGCUUCCCCUCAGGCUGAUUAGGGCAAAUGAGAUUUUAUACUGAGCAGCCUGAACUGUUUCCAAGGACUAGGAAGUCCAUGACUUCUUUCCCUGGCAAACAUUUAUUUGCACUAUCUGCUUAAUGAGCAAAAUUAUUGUGGGUUGUUGGCUUUUGGGUUUUUUUUUUUUUUUUUAACAAAUUUUGGCAUUGGUGUGUGAGCUCUAAAGAACUUCGCCUAGUCAUGGUCCACCUAGUCACAUUUCUUAACUGCAUUCUUUGCAUUUAUUUCACUUCUUUCCUGGCACAGGGAUCAGUGUAUCCUGACAAUUUGUCAAGGUAAUACCCUUGCACUUCAGAGCUUCCUAGAUAUGUGGACACACUUCAAAGGAUUUCAUUUUUUUUCUCAUCCUUGUUCUUGUCCGGAUGUACUAAAUGAAGGAUGAUCUGUACCAUAGUCUUGAAAUCAGGGUUCUGCAAUGAAUUGAAGUAUAUAACCAGAAUGCAUUCGAAGAAAUUCUUCAGCAUUUUUCUUAUGUGAGGAGUGCAUUUGUAGGAAUCAGCGAGAAAAUGACAAACUAAUGAUCUAGAUAGAAUCUCUGUACCAUCUUAAUAAUGCAGUGGCAUAAAAAAACUGACAAAGUAAAACCAACAGUUCAUUUCUUACCCCCCAGGAUAUAUUAGGACAGGAUUAGUACAGAUGAUUUUCCAUUGCUUACACAACCUCUCUGCUGAGAGAAAUGCUUGACUGACAUGGUAAUGAAGGAGCAAAUAGAUCUGAAUGCCCCUGUGAAAUCCAGGGAGCCAGCCUGCUAUCUCCAACAUGCAUAUUUCUUAGAUAUAUCUCACCUAAUCGUUUUAGAAAAGCCAAACAGGGAAAUGUCCAUCUCUGGUAGUUCUAUCUCAUGUCAUGUAAUGAAUCAUCAUCUUAAAAUCAGGUGAGAACAUUAUUUGACAUUUCUCCUCAAAAUUGCAUAGAAAGUGAAGGAUUUCCCUGUAGAGAUCUCCAAAUCUGAACAGCUGAGAGGGAGUUUAGAGAUUAUCAUCCUCAACCUCAUUUUUACUUACAGUCUUGCAUUACUUGGCCAGUUAGCCACAGAGCAAGGGCUAGAACAUGCAUCUUUUCUUUCAAACUUCCAAUCCAAGAUCCUUUCUAUCAUAUCAUAUGUUCUCUGUGAUCUCUCUGACCUUUAAUUUUGACUGUUCAUCAUUGAAUUCAGAAUGAUUCUCUCAGUUCAAAAGGCUAAAUUUGUUGCACAGAGGUUUAUAAUUUCAUGUAAGCUUUUUUCUUCAAGCUUUUGUCUCUAAGUUUAAAUAAACUCUGAUCUGCUACAUAUCAGAUUGUUAUAGAUGCUGCUUCAGUUAAGUGUUGAAAAUAUAUUAUUAGCUCUUCUUAUACCUGAAGAUCCUAAUAUCUAAAGGUUAUUUUAUUUGCUAGGACACAUCCAAAGCAUCAAUUUGGGGGAAAAGAAUUAGAAACAUUGGCAUGCCAGAGCACUGGUUGCAGCUGUUGGCUUCCUUGAUACCCAAGUGUGCCCAAUUCCAUGCAUUAAUGGCUUGUCGAUUUUUACAAUUUCCAUGGGCCAUUUUUUUCUCUUUUCUCUUUACAUCCUUCUUGCAUUUUGUGCACUUGGUGAAAACAGCUUGUAUCUAGAGUUUUUUCUACCUAGCUUUACUUAAUAUACCUCUGCAUUCUCUUCUCUAAACCUUUUUCCUUAAGUAAAACAGACCAAGUCCUUGUCUUCAUUCUUGUUUUUAAAAAAGCUUCUAAUCAUUUAUGAUACUUUGAAAUGCACUUAACAGAACUGAGCACAAGGUAUGUGAUAAAACAUGCCAAAUGGUGUCUUUGAAAUGAUAUUCCCUACUUAGAAGUACCUCAUCCUUUAAAAUAGCAUCUUUGGUUUUCCCUUGAGAGCAGGCCAAAUUCAGAACCCCAAAGCAUGGGAGGAAGGUUUACCUUCUCAGGACCUACAAUCUCAUAAUGGUCUUAACUGGACUCUGCAGAAGAUUCAAGUAGCCUUGUUCACAAAACCCUUUGAUCUUUCUCCACCAUAUAUUUGCUUUCAGAAGGCAAAGAGAACGCCAAAAUACCAAGAUAAUCUUCAUGUGAAGCACCAAGACCUGGUGUUCUACUGGCUCUUUGGUCAUGUAGACACAGACUUCACAGGCUAGGUUCAUUAUUAGCUUACUAAACCUCUCAGGUGGCUGGAUCUGCCCUAAAAUGGGCGGUGAUUAUACAUAUGAACAGAUCAGUUUCAGAUCUGGAUAGAACGUGGGAUGGGAAUUUUUUUUUUUCUGUUUUUGCUCAAUGUUAAUGGGUAUUUUUUUCAGAACGUUCCACGUAAGGGAAAUGUCUAAGCACUCUCUGCAUUUUCUCCUUACCUUUCCAUGAUGUCCCUUAUCCAUCAUUUCUCAUAAACUCUGUAGGUAGGCACAUAGCCUACUUUUGCACAUGACCAAGUUAAGAAUGGUUUGAAUGAGUGUUUGGGCUAAAGCUGCUGCAAAGAACAGAAACCAUGUUGGCAAUAAGGGAUGAACAAAGACCAGUAUAAGAUGACCAAGGAGGCAUUUUCCUUUUUCUGUUUCCUUCAAGUAUAUAUGCUGCUAUUGGGCCCUACAACCUUCUGUAUGUGCAAAGUCCUGGCUGUCCAUGCAGGCCCAGUAAGAUGGACCGGUCUAUCCCUACAGGCCCGGCAGAGAAUGGGUAUGACAGCCAGAAAGGGGAAUUCACAAUGCAUUCCUGAGGCAAUGAAAAUCACCAGGAUAAUCCCAACUAAGGGGGUAAAAUUUUUAAAUAUAGCAAUUAUAGAUGCUCACUGGAACUGUAUAUGUUUCAAAUUGAGGCAGCAAAUUAUCUAAAUCCACUUCCCUCCCCUCCCCCCAAAAAAACUUUUAAAUGAAAUAUCAGGUAGUAUCAAAAGUAUUUAUUUUUGGAAGGUUAUCCCAAUAAUUUCUUGAUUUCUUUAUUUCAUUUUGUUGAUAUCCAAACAAUAUCAAUACAUGUUAAUUGGUCAAAUGGUUUGGCUUAUUAAAAUUACUCUUCAAUUAUAUUCAAUUAUAAACCCAGAGAAAUUAUGGCUUGAGAAUGAUUCAAGAUCAAGAAGGUAAGCCUCAGACUUUGCUGAUUUGAGUCCCAAACAUCUAUCUAUAUUAAUCAGAUAGGAUGCCUCAAACUUGUCUUUUGCUUCUGCUUUCUGCUUGUUUGCUCAUUUUGGGGGGUGGGGGAGUGUGGGAGAAGGAGUCUGAGGUUUCAAAUUAUCUUUAGAGGAUGAGACAUUCAUUUAAUGUUUCACCAGCUGGCUGGGAGAGAUGGAAAAAGGAAACAAAUUCCUUUUUUUUUCUGUAAUAAUGAAAAGCAAUAAUUGUGUAAUGCUACACAAAGGCCAUACAUAACUAGUCUUUACCAGUGUUAAGGAUGCACUAGAACUGUAUUGUUAUAAGAGCAAGGUGGGAAUGGUUAAUAUGUACUGUAGUAUUCUUCUAGCAAGCAAAUACCGGGUUUGCUACUAUUUAACAAUUUAAUGAGCCCAUACUACUGCAUUCGGGGAAGGACAGAUGUGUUUGGAACAUGGAAGCAGUUCUCUUUAAGCACUGUAUUAGAAAGAUUGUCUUGUAAAUUUUACCUGUUGCAAACAGGCUGGUUUGUAAAAGAUGUAUGUUUUGGUGUUUAAAAAUGUUUAUAAAAAUGUAUAUAGUGGUUUCAAAUUUCCAGGCUUUUGUAGAUACUGUAUUUGAUGCCUAUCAGGAUGCUUUAAUUUGGGAGUCAGAUUCUAAAUCAUCUGAGUUAUCAGUCUAUAAACUUUUAAAAUAAUGAGAAAAAAGUUUUAGAUUUGAAAAUGAUGCUUUUUAAUCAUUUCCAAAAUGUACUGUAACCUUUCUUUGGUUUCACUGUUUUCAUUUAACUUUUUUCAGUUUUUAAGGAAAUGUUUUUUAUUGACUUUUUUUUAAAAUGAAUGUGUUUUGCACAGAUACUAGGUACAUGAUUUUUAUGCCAUUUCAAGUAUGUAUUAAAGUAUGUCAUUUCUUCACAUACACAUUAUCUCUCAUACACACAACCUUAUGCAAAAGGGAAAGCUAACACUUUAAGUGGGUCUUGUCCCUUGUAUGAAGAUGAAUUGUUCCUUCAUAUAUUGCUGUUGGCAGUAUUAAGUCUUGUGUUCUUUUCCUAAAAAAAUAAAGAAAAAAAAAGCAACAACUACAAAAAAAAAAAAAAAAAACAAAACAGCCCAACAGUGUACAGGUUUGUAACUGCCAAAAUUUGAUGGUUAAAAACAAGUUUUCAAGUAAAAAAAAAAAAAAAAACU